CUCUCCCUCCCUCUCCCUCUCUUUGUGAAUAGGCUAAGCAUUAGGCAGAAGAAAAUGUGGAAGCUUAAGAUUGGCGAAGGUGGGGGGCCGUACAUGUACAGUACCAACAAUUAUAUCGGCAGACAAAUAUGGGAGUACGAACCUAACGCCGGCACGCCGGAAGAAGAAGAAGCCUUUGAAAAAGCUCGCAAAGAGUUCAGUAAACAACGGCAGAAAGGUCAUCAUACGUGCGGUGAUUUGUUCAUGAGAAAGCAGAUGAUCAAAGAAAGUGAGGUUGAUGUGUUGAGCAUUCCCCCGGUAAGACUAAGAGAGGAAGAAGAAGUGAACUAUGAAGCGGUCACAACCGCGGUUAGGAAAGCGGUCCGGUUGAAUUGUGCCCUUCAAGCCAAAGAUGGACACUGGCCAGCUCAGAAUUCUGGCCCUCUGUUUUUCACUCCUCCUUUGAUGAUUGCGUUGUACAUAAGUGGAGCGAUCGAUGUGAUUCUGACUUCAGAGCACAAGAAAGAAUUGGUUCGAUAUCUCUACAACCAUCAAAAUGAAGAUGGUGGAUGGGGACUGUACAUUGAUGGACAUAGUACCAUGAUUGGGUCAGCACUUAACUAUGUGACCUUGCGUUUGCUUGGAGAAGAAGCUGAUGAUGGUGAAGGUGCCAUUGCUAGGGGUCGCAAGUGGAUUCUUGAACAUGGUGGUGCCACUGCAAUUCCUUCUUGGGGAAAGAUUUAUCUCUCGGUGCUCGGAGUGUAUGAAUGGGAUGGGUGUAAUCCAAUCCCACCAGAAUUUUGGCUUUUCCCUUCCAAUUUUCCAUUCCAUCCAGCAAAAAUGUGGAACUAUUGCCGGACAACGUACAUGCCAAUGUCAUACUUGUAUGCUAAAAGAUAUCAUGGACCGCUCACAAAUCUUGUUCUCUCAUUAAGAAGUGAAAUUCAUGUCAAACCAUAUGAUCAGAUAGAUUGGAAUAAUACUCGCAUGGCUUGUUGUAAGGAGGACAGCUACUACCCUCAUAGUUUUAUCCAAGAUCUGUUAUGGAACACCCUCCAAUAUUGCACUGAGCCCAUCAUGAGGCGUUGGCCGUUCAAGAAAAUUAGAGAAAUGGCGAUGAGAAAAGUAAUCAUGCACAUGCGCUAUGGAGCUGAAGAGAGCAGAUACAUUACCAUUGGUGCAAUUGAAAAGAGUUUGCAAAUGAUGUGUUGGUGGGCGGAAGAUCCAAACUGCGAUGAGUUGAAGUACCAUCUUGCUAGGGUUCCCGAUUUCUUAUGGCUUGCGGAAGAUGGAAUGACAAUGCAGACUUUUGGGAGUCAAAAUUGGGAUACCACUUUUGCCACUCAAGCUGUGAUUUCUAGUGGGAUGGUUGAAGAAUAUGGAGAUUGCCUCAAGAAGGCCCAUUUCUAUCUCAAACAAUCACAGAUCAAAGAAAAUCCAAAAGGAGACUUCAAAAGUAUGUACCGCCAUUUCUCGAAAGGGGCUUGGGCAUUCUCUGAUCAAGAUCAUGGUUGGGCUGUUUCUGACUGCACUGCGGAAGCCAUUAAGUGUCUGUUGCUACUUGGGCAAAUAUCGCCUGAAAUUGCAGGAGAGAAAGUGGAUGCUCAGCGCUUGUACGAGGCCGUAGAUAUCUGCCUUUAUCUUCAAAGUCGUGAGAGUGGUGGUUUUGCUGUUUGGGAGCCUCCAGUUCCACAACCAUACCUCCAAAUGUUGAACCCUUCUGAACUCUUUGCUGAUAUUGUUGUACAAGGAGAGCACGUUGAAACUACUGGAUCUAUAGUGAGUGCUCUUGCAGCCUUCAAACAUCAUUAUCCUGAUUAUAGAGCAAAGGAAGUUGCUAUGUCUAUUGCAAAGGCAGCAGAAUACCUUGAAAAUCAACAGAAACCAGAUGGUUCAUGGUAUGGGUACUGGGGAAUUUGCUUCCUCUAUGGCACUUGCUUUGCCCUUUUAGGGCUAACAGCUACAGGAAGAAGUUAUGAGAAUAGUGUAGCCAUCCGCAAAGCUGCUCAAUUCUUCCUGUCAAAACAGAACCAAGAGGGUGGGUGGGGAGAAUGCCUUGAAUCUUGCCCAAACAUGAAAUACAUACCAUUUGAAGGGAAUCGUUCGAAUGUGGUGCAAACAUCAUGGGCAAUGCUAGGACUUAUGUACACCGGACAGGCUGAGAGGGAUCCGACUCCUUUACACAGAGCAGCAAAGUUAUUGAUCAAUGCUCAAAUGGAAGAUGGAGAUUUCCCUCAACAAGACAUUACUGGAGCCUACAUGAAGAACUGCAUGUUACAUUAUGCAUCACAUAGGAGUUAUUUUCCAUUGAUGGCACUGUCAGAAUAUCGUAAACGCGUUUGGAUAUCAGAAAGUCACUAAAACCCAAAUCCUUGCUAUCAAUAGCAAACUGUUAAUUGUCUGUUUAAGUGUUUAUAGAUGUAUCCAUUAAUUCCACAUCAUGUAAUCAUGUGAUAUGAUUUAGUACACAGUAUUACUUUAAGAAAGAACUACUUGUGUUUUGUUGAGCAUGCACGUACCAACUUUAAUUUGUUUGGAAGUUUCCUGUUUGAGACAUUGUUAGAAAUAAAGUAUUAAAGUAGAUUUUGA